AUGAAUUUGAAAUUUCUUAUAGUUCUUUUGGUUUUUGCCAUUACCUCGAGUCAGGCGAGUUUUGAAAGUCAAAUAAUUGACUUUUUAGAGGAGUUACGUAUGCGUAUGUGCCACCCCAUUCCGAAUUUGGGCAUGCCUGCCUUGGAUCCUUUCCAAAUACCAGAACACCAUGAAAUUGCUGUGGAUAAUAAAUAUUUUGUGGAUUUUAUCGGCUCGAUCGACGACUUCUUCCUCCAUGGACUUUCCGAUUUUAAAAUUAAUGAUCUAAACAUCUAUACUGUUCCGCUUCGACGAAGCACCAUUAACGUGACCUUCCCGUUGACUUGGUUCCAAACUUUAUAUUCCGCCAAAGGAUCACUAGCCUAUAUUGUUAAUCUUGCAGGAGACGGCAAUGCAGAAGCUUCAAUAACUGACUUUACUUUCUCCUUUUCUUGGAUACUAAAAUCUGGCAUUCAUUUAGGCAUUAGAGGUCUACAAAUUGAAAUGUAUUUAGGCGGAUUGAAUGUGGAUUUUCAGAAUUUGCUUGAAGAGGAAAGAAUCAACGAAUUUAUUCAUGCUCUAAUUAAUGAGCUGGGCGUAGAGUUGCUGGAUGAUAUAUGGACAUACGAGCAAGAUGUUGUAGUCGCAUGGGUAGAAACGCGAAUCAAUAACUUUAUCGGGCAGUACACCCUGGCGGACAUUAUUAAAAUAAUAGCUGGAGGAGGUGGUGAAGGUGGAGAAAGCAAACCUAUAUUUGAUGGGGUGGAGCCAGAUUGUAAGCUUUCUGAAGACUGAGUUUGAACUAGAAGCAUUUCAUCGAACCUAAAGCCUUAAAUUAACAAUUUCGAUUAUAGUAUGUGUAUGUACAUAACCUUAUUAUAUGUAUGUCAAUGAUAAUUACGACCACCUACAUUUUAUUACGCUC